AAGGAAACAGGCUGAUCAUAAUCAGACCCCAGGUAAAUAAAUAGUAGCAUCGCCAGCUCACAAUGUACUCGACCAAAAGCGAGGGCCCGCGCAGAGGAAGAUCAUUCGACUCUAUGAACAUCGGGCUGUCUCUGGAAGAAAAGCAACUCAAUAAUGAGAUGAACAAAUCUGCCUAUCCUAAGAUAGAUGAGAACAAAGAUAACAAGAGCGAGUCUGCAGAGAAAGGUCGUGCAGCUAUCGUGUUCUCCCUAAAGAAUGAAGUCGGGGGGCUUGUCAAAGCACUAAAACUGUUCCAGGAAAACCACGUCAACCUCGUGCACAUUGAAUCGAGGAUAUCGAGGAGGCGCAACUCGGAGUUUGAGAUCUUGGUGGACUGCGACGGCAACCACGAGCAGCUCAACGAGAUCAUCCAGCUGCUGCGGAAACACGUGAACGUGCUGGAGACGGAGGCGCCCAGCAAGAUCCUGCCGGAGGAGGACGAGAUGGAUAAUGUGCCCUGGUUUCCCAAAAAGAUCUCUGACCUGGAUAAAUGUGCUAAUCGUGUGCUGAUGUAUGGAUCAGACCUGGAUGCCGACCACCCGGGCUUUAAAGACAAUGUCUAUCGCAAACGGAGAAAGUAUUUUGCAGAUCUGGCUAUGAGUUACAAGCAUGGAGACUCCAUUCCACGCAUUGAGUUCACAGAAGAGGAGGUAAAGACAUGGGGGGUUGUGUUCCGAGAGCUCAAUAAGCUGUAUCCCUCUCAUGCCUGCCGUGAAUACCUGAAGAACUUACCUCUGCUCACCAAGUACUGCGAGUAUCGUGAGGACAACAUUCCCCAGCUGGAAGAUGUCUCACGCUUCCUAAGAGAACGUACGGGGUUCACCAUUAGACCCGUGGCAGGGUACCUCUCCCCCAGAGACUUUCUGGCUGGUCUGGCCUUCCGUGUGUUCCACUGCACACAGUACGUCCGGCACAGCUCUGAUCCUCUCUACACACCUGAACCAGACACAUGUCAUGAACUGUUAGGUCAUGUACCUCUUCUGGCUGAGCCUAGCUUUGCCCAGUUCAGUCAGGAGAUAGGACUCGCCUCGCUGGGAGCAUCUGAUGAUGCAGUUCAGAAACUUGCCACUUGUUACUUUUUCACUGUGGAGUUUGGGCUGUGCAAGCAAGAGGGGAAACUGAGAGCGUAUGGGGCAGGACUGCUGUCCUCCAUCAGUGAGUUAAAGCAUGCUCUGUCAGAUAAUGCCCGAAUCAUGCCCUUUGACCCCAAAGUCACCUGCAAACAGGAGUGCAUCAUAACCACAUUUCAAGACGUGUACUUUGUGUCAGACAGCUUUGAAGAAGCCAAAGUCAAAAUGAGGGAGUUUGCAAAGACAAUCAAGCGACCAUUCACGGUGCGUUACAACCCCUACACACAGAGCGUGGAUGUGCUGAAGGACACAACCAGCAUCAACAGUGUAGUGGAAGAACUGAGACAUGAACUGGACAUCGUGGGAGAUGCACUAAACAGACUCAACAAACAUCUGGGCGUCUGAACGACUAUCUCACAAGUCAUGUUUUAUAUAUUACUUUUUCCAUCAAGAGCAAACACACUGAAAUGUUUCAAGUUCCAAGACCAAUUUUUUUCCAAAUAGUUUAUCUGUAAAAAAUAAUAUGCCUUGUUUUGUAUUUAUAAAAAUACAAUUGAUCAAUCUAAGCAGACAAAGUCAACUUAUUUAUCUAAGGACAAUUUCUUAAACCCUUUUAAAAUCAUUACAGCCUACUGUUAAUUGUACUUUUCAUUUUAAAAGAGAUUUCUAGCCAGAUUUAUGCAAUGGUAAAGAUUAAAUGAGUAAAUCAAAAUCAUCUUUUACACUACUCUUAUGACCAUUACUCUUUACAUGGUCAUUGUAAUAAAAUGAUGUUUGCUCUUGUAAAAAUAAUGCAUUUGUGAUUUCAGCUUUUUUGUGUAGAAGUCACUGAACGUCAUCUUGGCA